AUGACGGCGGAGGAAUGCGCGGAGACCUUCUUUAGAGGUUGGAUUGCUCGGUUCGGCGUGCCCGCCCUCGUUACGACCGACCAAGGUCGUCAAUUUGAGUCCUCUCUUUUUACGACUCUCAUGCAGAUGUGUGGCAGCAGGCGCGUUCGUACGACGAGCUAUCACCCUUGCGCUAAUGGUCUCGUCGAACGCAUGCACAGGCAGCUUAAAGCUUCCUUAAUGUGUCAUGAAGACACCUGGCAUAAGACACUGCCCGUGGUUCUGCUUGGCAUGCGCGCAGCACUAAAAGAAGAUUUGCAAUGUUCACCAGCCCAGCUUGUAUAUGGGGAACCCCUGCGCUUGCCGGGCGAAUUUCUUGCUUCUUCCACAGAUACUCUCACAGUCGAAAAUGUUUCUAACUUUGCCACGCAACUCCGUCUCCAGAUGGCACGACUGAGGCCAACACCAGCCUCUCGCCACGGUCAACAUAAAGUCUUCGUGUUGAAGGAUCUCCUUACCGCUACUCAUGUCUUUCUGAGAGACGAUACGGUUAGACCUUCCCUCAAACAGCCCUACAGUGGACCUCAUAAGGUCGUUUCUAGGACGGAGAAGACUAUCACCAUCACUGUGGGUGACAAGAAUACCCAAGUGAGCCUUGACCGGGUGAAACCGGCAUACAUAUUAGACAGUUCUGCACCAGCUCCUAGUGGUCCGAUUGAUAAACCAUCUGCAUCGGUCACCCCAGCUGCAGCUCCAGCUGUCCCAGCUGCCUCAACUGUGCCUCCUGCAUGUCACAAACGUGACACACCACCCUCGUACACCACUCGCGCAGGCCGUACCGUCCGCUUUAAGGACCGUUUGGACCUUUAA